AUGCCGAAGGCUCCGCAGAACCCAAAAGCACCACCAGCGCCUCGUACAAAGUCCAAAAAGUUCUCCCGGAACGUUGAGAGCUAUGUUCGGUGUGCCCACGUCAAUGCCAAGCUCGACAUGGACGACACGGAAGGCGAAUGGGGCAUCUGGACUUUGGAACAGCGAGAGUUCAUGGUCUCACAGCUCCCUACGUACGGGGAGUAUUCCGAGAAAAAGAACUUUGCGUUGUUUUGGCCUGAUUUCCAGUCCACAUGGUAUUUCAGGUGGCCCGAGCUCAAAGCCCUCUUCCCCAACCUAUCCAAAGACGCUGAGCUUACGCAGUUCCAACGGGACGUUGUCGAGAGAGGGAUCCAGUUUCGUAACGUGAAAACAAACGCGGCCAUGCGAUGGGCCUUCAGGAACAGCAUUACCUGUACUCGGUCUAUCAGUGGGAGGUCGGCCACUAUGUUGGACAGGAUGAUGGGUUCGAAUAGUCGGUGCAACAAGGACUGGGAAUGGUUCUGCAAGCUCUAUUACGACAAAGAGGUUGGACCCGAGGUAACACUCAUUCUCAACGCUAUCAAGGGGACGCCAACGGGUGGCCAGGUCUUGGACGCGGUCCGUUCCGUUGCACAGCGCAAGCUUCGUGACGGCCCCCAGUCAGUUCGCGAUGAGAUCGAGGGAAAGAAGGAUCAGCAGAAGGUUGUCCUCGCCGGUCCCUCGCCAGCCAGCGACCCCAAGCUGAACGCGCUUGCUGCUAGAGCUAACACGAUGACGGUUAUGCCGUCUUUGGCUGAAAUACACGAGUAUGUUUCCAGCCAAACCGUUGGCGGAAAAUCGACCGACGGCUUUCGUUUUGCGACAAUGAUCGUCGGCAGAGAUCCGCUUUCAGGACAGAUGUGUAGUGGAUGCAUUCACGUCGGGCUGGACCAAGCUGGCCUUGACUUUGGUCAGGUCUCGCAGAGCUGGAAGCGCUGCACCGAGGAGUUUGCUGCCUUUGCUAAGGCUCCUGGAAGGCCGGUUGAGAUUGUUCUGCGAGGAAAGGGAGGUCAGAACAUCGUCGAGAAGCGGGAUGACAGCGACAAAGAAGCCACCACUGCUCAAUUGUUAUCGUUGAAUGAAGACAAGGCCGGAGACGUAGUUAUGCAACCUAUCGAUUCGUGUGCACUGGAGGCUACCACUACCUCAACUGGUCAAGACGCCACAACAACGGAGGAACUGGGCCUCCAAGAUGCAACAUGCGACAUAUUAGCCCACGGAAAUGAUAGUAACGCACAUACUCUUGUCGCGCCUUAUGGCGAAGACUCCACCAACGCGGGUAUCGCCAUCAUAGAUCAAACCGAUGGGCAUGGCUUGUCCCCUGGCAAUAUGUCCGAUGGUGGUGUUGACUCAUACACGGCACCUGCGUACUUCGACCCCGCUUUCUUCGAUACCACCAACGACUACUCCUGGCUCGAUGAUCCCCAGGUGCAGCAGGCGCUCUCACACUUUGGAUCUAUGGAGAACCAGUUCCCUCAGUAUGAUCACGCGGAGCUAUCUGAGGCCUUGUUCCAGGGGAGCGGCCAACUCGACAUGAACAUACCCAUCGAUUUCUCCGCCGCUCAACCUUCGCAGUUACUACCAUCUUCCCAGCCUAAUGUCUCCCCGGAUCUCAACUUUCCGGGUAUACUUCAGCCGUCGACGCCGCAGUCUUCCUUCCUUCCUCAGGAUCCUGGACCUCCUCUGGUUCUGUCGCUGUCUCAUACCCCAGUCUUUACUGGGGUAGCACGGUUGGCGCCGUCACCUCAGACAACGCCCGACGUAUACGCAGCUCAAGCGCUGUCACCGCCUUGGGCUGAUGAUCAGCUGCCGUCACCGUCUCACGUUUUGCUCCACACGCCGUGGCCUUCUCAGGUCCGAGUGCCGUCAUCCUCGCACUCCCCAUCUCCUCAGCCCUCUACGGGCCAUGCCUCUGCUCCCUCCUUGGAAUUGCCCCGCUCCACGCCUCCGCGCCCACUCAUGCAGGUUGGUAAUGUUGAUGGUGCGAGGCGCGCGUCAAACCGAGCACAUAUCAAGUUCAACCCUAAGGCCGCCGACAAUGCGAUCGGAGGUCUUUGUCUCCGGGCUCCUGGAAAGGAGAACAUACAGCCCUGA